AUGGCACACUUUGACCGUCUUCUUCUAGAUAGCAUGAAACGCGAAGAAAGAAGAAAACAAUCAACAUUAGAAUUCGAAACUUUAGAAAGUGCACGCAGUUAUGAAGUUUUAAAAGCUGUAUCAAGAAUUAAUACAGAUAUUGACGAAAAUGUUCGUCUCCCACCACUUGCAAAGAAAUCUUCACGUGCUGCAGCUGCAAUGUAUAAAGUUCCAAUUGAUGCUUCUUUUCAUUUUGCUUCAUAUCCAUCCAGACCUUACAAAAAAACAGAGAAAAAAGUAUCAGCAAAAGUACCAAUUCCUAACCUAAAUUCAAUUCAUAAAUUAUUAAAACAUCCAAAAGAAACUACACAAAUUAUUCAAGGAGUCACAAAGUAUCCACAAGCUCCACCACCUAUCAAUGAAGUUUUAGACAAUCCUUCGCUUAAAUCUACAAAAGGAUAUUGGCUUAUGAAAACAUACGAUUGA